AAAAAACAUAGUUUCAUUUCAUUCAACGCAAUUGCAACGGGCACCGUCCCCUUCAUAGAAGCGCACGAGUUAUUUAGCAUCCCGUAAAAGUGUGACUGGCCCUUUAAAACUAAAGAAGACCUUGCCUGCACUCGGUCCUCUGACGCCUCGCGCCCGGGAUUGAUUUGCAUCUACGGUCAACAAACAAGGACUGGGAAACAAGCGGUGGCACAGUGGUCCCUGUCUCUGCUUUUUAUAACUAAGACAAAUAAAACGAAGAAUUCUGACAUGAAUGUGGCUAAAUACACUGCCUUGUAAUUAAUGCGGCGCACAGUCUUAUCCUUUUGACGAUUUGUGCACCGGUCUUUACGUUUGGCCCUUUCUGCACUCGUGUGAGAGGGCGUGGCCCGGACGGACGGACGGACGGACGGACGGACGCAUGGAGGACAAACGAAAGAAGCGCAGCCCCAAAGUGUCCCUCCCCCAGCCCCCCCCGCCCCCCGUCAACCCCCGCAAGCUCUCGGUCCUCCCGUCCAGCAGGAGUGCCACCUUCACCCUCGGCCUCCCUCACCCCCCCUCCCCGAAACCCAGGGGCAAGCUGAAGAGGUCGGUGGGGACGGCGGGACAGCCCCGCGACGUUCACAGUGUAGCCGUCGCCCCCCCGAAAAACUCCAGACCCCAUAGGGAGAAGCCUCGCACGCCCCAGCCCGCAGGCCCCAGUAAGGUGGUGCAGUCCUCCCCCCUGCAGCACUCCUUCCUGACGGACGUGUCGGACGUUCGGGAGAUGGAGGGGGGGCUCCUCAACCUGCUCAACGACUUCCACUCGGGCAAGCUGCAGGCUUUCGGUAAGGUGUGCUCCUUCGAGCAGCUGGAGCACGUGCGGGAGCUGCAGGAGAAGCUGGCCCGUUUGCACUUCAGCCUGGACAGCCACGUGGAGGAGCUGUCCGAGGACCAGAGGAAGACCGCGUCCGACCGCAACCUGGAGCACCUGCUGGGCAACCUGGAGGAACUCAGCAGCUCUAUACAGAAACUACACCUGGCGGAGAACCAGGACCUGCCCAAGACAUCGACUUCCUGAAGGAGGGAGGUCUAUGUGCACAAAUCCCGAUCCGACUAGAGGAGGGACGGGGUCAGAGGGAGAAGCAAAUCUGUCCAGACAGGAAGUAAAGGUUACUGUGGUGAUGAUGGUUAACAGAGCUAGCAUGGACUGUGAACGGCAUAAACCGGGAUCCACAGAAAAAGCACAAUUGCUUUAGGAAAAUGAAAACCCAAAGUGAUAUGUGAUUUCGCUGCAGGUUUUUCUGCCCAUUGUUUACAAGUGUAGUUACAGUGGCUGUUUGAUUAAAGCUGUCUGGAGAGUGUGUGUGUGUGUGUGUGUGUGUGUGUACAUUUCAUGUGUGUGCAGCUGUACCUUAGUAAGUGUGUGUGCACCUGUGUGCAUACUUGUAUGUUUGUAGGCACCAAUGUGUGUGUGUGUGUGUGCACAUGCAUGCAUUGCACACACAUGUAUUUGUGCAUCAUAUUAAGGUCCGUCCCAUGUAAUCUCAUUCCACCUCACAAAGAAUCACAGCUUGUCUUUGUUCUUCCUCCAGUAGCCUUACUUGUCUCAGCUUCCUCAGUGUAAUUGUCUUACACUACUUCACCUUACAGGCAUUUAGCAGCUGCUCAGAGAAUUUCUCACUUUUACGUAGCAAACCCAUUUAUACCGCUAGAUGCAUACAGAAGGAAUUCAGGUUGAGCGCAUUGCUCUAGUACCGCCUGGGAGUCAAACCCGCAACCCUCAGGUUGUAAGUUCAGUUCCCUACCCAUUACUCAAUACUGCUCCCAGUAAAAGCCCCUGCCCUGGCUGAUCCCCUGGCCGUUUUCCCAGAAUGCAUUGGGUUUCACGAGUCACGCACCUGCACGU